UUCAGGAAAGUGAUAUUGACACACGGACCCCCAGAGACGCAGAGACCAUGGACUCAUGGAGGCUUCUUUGUUAAGUAGUUCACUCUGCCUCUGCUAUCUACUUGCAGGCCAUCACAGAGGCAUAGAUGAUCAAACGAUGAGAACGGAUCCCUGAGCAGCUUUUUCUUUCUUAUUCUUCUCUCUCAAUCUCUCAAGAAGAUAUAAAUCUGGGUUAUUGCUUUAUCUUCUUAUCCCUAUCCUCUCAAUCUCUCUCUGGUUUUGCCCUAGAAAAGAGGAGCAUUACACUAUAGGCUUCCGAGAAAGGUGUUCUCACUUCUCAGUUCUCCGCUUCCCUGUCUCUUCAAAUUGUUUCUUAUGUAGAAGGUAUUGCCGGAAUUCGAUCGGCGUAGUUCCUACCGACAUAGCAAAACCCCAGUUUAAAUGGAUUGCAGGUUUUGGGAAAUACGAGGUUUUACAAUUGCAGAUCUCUGAUGGAGUUUGUACGGCCGCGUGGUUUUUAUUGGGGAACGUGUCGUGUCUCAGGAUGCGUUUCUUGGCUGUGGGCAAUGGGUGAUUUUCUUCGAAAGCAAUAGUGGAGGAUCACUGUUUAGUGGAACCAGAAUCGUGGAAGUAAUUUUCUGGUUUUGUCAUCGGUUACGGCAAGAAAAAAAAAAUGAGGAUAAGAAGGCCCGUUUUGUUCUUGCUGAUCGUUACUGUUUUUGCUCCUAUUGUUCUCUACACAGAUAGACUUGCAAGCUUCACAAAUUUGUCCUCUAGAAGUGGAUUCACUGAAGAUGUUUCUACUCUAGCUGUCGGUGGCGAGAUAAGUAAAUUGAAUCUGCUUCCGCAGGAGUCAUCGAUUAACUUGAAAGAACCGAUUGGCAUCGUUUAUUCACUCAACGCCAGCACUCCUGAUUCGAAUUCUGAUGAAUCCAGGGAAGUGCCUUCUGACCUAACUGCAGAAUCCUCAAGAGGUUUGCAAGUGGUUCCGUCGGGGGAGGAUAAGACUAAGACCAGAGUGUUAUCUGCGCCCAUCAGGCAGGUGACUGAUGGACUUCGAGAUGGAAAGGAGAACGAAAGCUUGCAGGAUCCUGAAACGGCUGAGGGAAAGGAAAGAAAAGAAGAAAUUGCGGCUACGGGGAAGGAGGGCAAAUCCAAUUUAUCUCAGGAAAAUAAAAAUGAGCAGAAUUCUUCCGGCAAAGUUGAUCCAGAAGAACAUAUAAGGAUAAAUACUGUGGGACAAAGUAACCAGGCAGUUAUGCCAGAUGCUCGAGUUCGGCAUCUUAAAGAUCAACUGAUUAGGUCAAAGGUGUACCUUGGCCUGAGUGCCACUCGAAACAACCCCCAUUUCAUAAGGGAGCUCCGGUUACGGAUGAAAGAAAUUCGGCGAGUACUUGGUGAUGCAUCCAAGGAUUCUGAAUUACCUAGAAAUGCCUAUGGUAAAUUGAAGGCAAUGGAACAAACAUUAGCUAGAGGGAAGCAAAUUCAAGAUGACACUGCUGCAGAAGUAAAGAAACUACGUGCUAUGCUGCACUUGACAGAAGAGCAGGUCAAAGUGCUCAAGAAGCAGACCAUGUUCUUGACACAGCUUGCUGCAAAGACACUCCCUAAAGGACUUCACUGCCUUCCACUUCGCCUUUCAACUGAGUACUUUUCCUUGAAUUCUAGCCAACAGCAAUUUCUGGAUCAAGAGAAACUGGAAGACCCAAUGUUGUACCACUAUGCUUUGUUCUCAGACAACGUAUUGGCAGCAGCAGUUGUUGUAAACUCGACCAUUUCUCAUGCCAAAGAACCAGAAAACCAUGUUUUCCACAUUGUAACUGAUCGGCUUAAUUAUGCAGCGAUGAGGAUGUGGUUUCUAGUUAAUCCACCAGGCAAAGCUACUAUCCAGGUUCAGGACAUUAAAGAAUUUACAUGGCUAAAUUCAAGCUACAGUCCAGUUCUCAAGCAACUUGGUUCUCCAUCCAUGAUAGAUUAUUACUUCAGGGCUCACCAUGCAAAUUCUGAUUCCAACUUGAAAUUUCGGAAUCCAAAAUACCUAUCCAUCUUAAACCAUCUCCGUUUUUACCUGCCUGAGAUCUUUCCAAAGCUCAACAAAGUACUGUUCUUAGAUGAUGACAUAGUAGUGAAUAAGGACCUCACUGCUCUGUGGUCUCUUGAUCUGAAAGGAAAGGUCAAUGGUGCGGUUGAUACUUGUGGAGAAAGUUUCCACCGGUUUGAUCACUAUCUCAACUUCUCAAAUCCUCUAAUUUCAGAAAAUUUUGAUCCCCAUGCUUGUGGUUGGGCAUAUGGAAUGAAUAUCUUUGAUCUGGAGGAAUGGAAAAGGCAGAACAUAACUGAAGUGUACCACACGUGGCAAAAACUGAAUCAGAACAGACAGCUAUGGAAGUUAGGAACACUGCCACCUGGUCUGAUUACAUUUUGGAACCGCACUUUUCCCCUUGACCGGUCAUGGCAUGUUCUUGGCCUUGGCUAUGACCCAAAUGUCAGCCAGAAGGAUAUUGAGCAAGCGGCCGUCAUACACUACAAUGGAAACAUGAAACCAUGGCUUGAGAUUGGCAUGCCUAAGUACCGAAGCUACUGGACGAGAUUCGUUGAUUAUGAUCAAGUAUAUUUGAGAGAAUGCAACAUCAAUCCGUAAUUGACUAAAUAGUACAUUCCGACCUUUUCUCAAACCAAUGUGACAUGCUGGUUUUUUGCAGAUGUGUUACUUUUGGGUUCUUUUUGGAAUCAAAAGUCCUCAUAGUUUAAUUCGUUCUGUUCACGCUUUCUGAAGAGGAUAAUAGCAGUGUCAGUUCAUAAUAUCUUUCAUCUUGGCGCCAUUGUUACCACCUCAACAGAAGUACACAUCUAUUUGUAAAUUUGUCCACUGUUAGAGAGUGGUGACGAAGGAUUACAGUAUAUUCAUUUAGUCUCAAAUUCAUGUAAAUCUGAUAGUUAAUUGGGAAUUUCCAAUUUUUUUUUUUUUGUUUA